GAUAUAAGCGUGACGCAACUUCGAGAGUCUCAACUCACGCGCAGCAGUCGGCGCUUCUUGUGGCGCUCCGCUCGCCAAACCCGUCUCGUCUAGUUUCGUCACACACGCUCAUGCUGCAGAACUCUCGUCCGACGCUGGCCGACGUCAGCUGCUCGGCGUCAGUCCCGCGCCCGUUGCCGGUGCCGCGCCUGACGCCGCUGGGUUCGCUGUCCUUGGAUGAUUUGAGCCACUUGACGGCCGCUGGCGAGUGCCAGCCCGGCCUAACCGGACGUGGUGAUGUCAGCUCGGACGGCGGAAGCUCCUGCUCAGACCUCGGCACCGUAGGGAAGACGCAGCUGUCGCUAGCUGAGGCAGACAGGAGGAAGCGAAGGCGAGAGAACAACAAGGCCGCCGCCGCUAAAUGCCGCAGAAAGAAAAAGGACAGGACCGAGUAUUUGCUGCUGGAGUCCGAGAAGCUGGAGAACGUCAACGUCAACCUGAAGGCUCAGAUCAAAGCUCUGAACCAGCAGAAGCAGCACCUGUCUUAUAUGCUCAACCAGCACCGGCCAACCUGCAUCGUCCGUGCCAACAACGGGCACACCCCCGACCACGAAAAUGUCGACCUCUUUGUGCGCCACCUCCAGGAGAGCCCGAGUGCCGUGUGCGGCCAAACCUCCCUCUUCGCCAUCCAGGACACUGCCGGCUCCAUUUUCUCCAUCCCCUCGGAACUGGAUGCUGGCGGCCUCCUCAGUCUCGACCACGUCCAGUGUUCGGUCUCCAUGUGACUCUAUGAAUGGCCUUGCAAAGUUGUGUGAAUUUUGAACUUUUUGGGGGAGUGGGACAUUACAAGGGAAUUUAUAAGGUUGGCUCUGAAUAGGGCACUAAAAUAUCUCUAAAGUCAAGGCACAAUUGUAUUGAGCUUUCAAAAACAUCCAGCAGCGCUUCCACUGUCUCGUUGGAGUGACCGUUUAGAGUCCCCACGUUGGCCACAAGGUGGUGUCAACUUGAUAAUGACGUGGGGUCCCCUGGAAAGUUUGCUAAUAUUUCCAAAAUUGUCUCAUAAAUUGCUAUUGGGCUUUCUACAAGCACCACAAGUAAAGAAAAAUGUUAUUGAGACAUACUGCGGGUCCUCAACGCUGCUAAGGGGCGACGAGGCCGACCCUUCACUCCACAACCCCAAGCUGCUGAUUGGCCGACGUCACCUGCAACCCAAACUGGAUUUUGAAUCGUUCUUGUCCGAUCCAAGGCCAAGCUGGAGCACUUUUGUUUUUGUGCCAUCCUCACUAGAUGGCACUGUGACUGUUGUACAACUACUUGCUGCGUAGCAAUGCACAAAUGUAAGAUGAGCGAGAAAAUGCUUUUUGUUUUGUUU